GCUCUCGCCAGCACGCCGCGUGUCAGUCGGAUCAGCGUCGAAGUGCUCCGCGUUCACGUGCGCUGAAUCUCCUCAAAGAGAGGGACAACAAUAAACAAUUUUAACUGAAAAUACCAUCCUAAAACCCAGAAAAAGAAAUGAUGUCUAAAAAGCAGAGUUUACUGAGAGAGGCGUCUCAUCAAAUCAUUGCAGGUGGAUCAGCAGGUCUGGUGGAGAUUUGCUUGAUGCACCCUCUGGAUGUUGUGAAGACCAGGUUUCAAAUCCAGAGAGGGAGGGGUGAUCCAACUAGUUAUAAAGGCCUUGGAGAUUGUUUCAGAACCAUAUUUCGCAAUGAGGGAUUGUAUGGCUUCUACAAAGGAAUCCUUCCCCCCAUUUUGGCCGAGACUCCAAAGAGAGCAGUGAAGUUUUUCACAUUUGAGCAGUACAAGAAGCUCUUGAGUUUUACUCCAUUAUUGCCAGGAAUGGCUCUUUCUGUGGCUGGCCUGGGGUCAGGGCUAACCGAGGCACUGGUUGUAAAUCCAUUUGAAGUAGUGAAAGUGAGCCUACAAGCCAACAGGGAUUCAUUCAAAGUGCAACCCUCUACGUUUGCGCAGGCUCGCGCUAUUAUAAAUGCAGACGGCUUUGGGCUCCGUGGGCUUAAUAAGGGCCUCACCUCCACCCUGGGACGGCAUGGCAUCUUCAACAUGAUCUACUUUGGUUUCUACUUCAAUGUUAAAGAUGCCAUACCUGCUAGUCAGGACCCUAGACUGGAGUUCAUGAGGAAGUUUGCUAUCGGUUUGGUGUCAGGAACAGUCUCGUCCUGUGUGAACAUUCCUUUUGAUGUAGCUAAAAGUCGUAUCCAGGGUCCUCAGCCGGUUCCAGGGGAGAUCAAGUACUGCAGCUGCUUUCAGACCAUGGGCCUUGUGUACCGUGAGGAGGGAUAUCUUGCCUUAUACAAAGGACUGAUUCCCAAGAUUAUGAGACUUGGACCAGGAGGCGCAGUCAUGUUGCUGGUUUAUGAAUAUGUAUCUGGCUGGCUGCAAAAGAACUGGUGAAAAUCGACACCUCUUCACCAACCAUGUCGCAGGGGUCUGUACUACAGCCUUCUCUGGUUGUAUCAUCACUAAUGCAACUAUUGCAUUUAACAAUCACUUUCGGUUCCACUUAGCUUAACCUCAGUUUUCAUCUGCAUCUUCAAACAUGUCCUGUAAUUAACUAGAUUUCCCACCGUUGUCACAUUGCAACAGCACAGUCACCUUCUUGAAUCCGUUUGAUGUUCCAACUUUUUGUUUACAGGUGUCAGAACACAACUACUGAGAAAUAUCUGAGAGAGUUACCUGUCCACAUGCCUGCAUAUUUAAUACUAACCAUUGCAGUGCUCCACACCCAAAGAGAUAAUAGAGUACAAAAUAGAUUCAGCAUGUCGUUUUGAACUUAAAAACAAAAUUCUGAUCAAGCAGCACAAAAAUUACACUGAGCCCGAAGAAAAGCGUCUACUGUAUCUUUAGAAGGCCAUCUCGGGACUGUUACUUUAUCAGAUAUGUUUUUAUAUUCAUACGUGACUUUCCAUUGUGAGACUACAAUAUCUCAUCCUCUCAAGGUCUUGAAUCUAAACAGCUUUAGGUCUCAUGUCUCAAUAGCUUUAGCAGUGUUGAUAAUUCAAAUUCAGAGACAACUAUAUUUAUAUCAAGAUGUCACGUUAAGAAAAUGACAGGUGUUGGAAAUGUCUUUUUCAUGAUUUGUUUUUUAUUUGAUGUAUGUAAUUAGAUUUAAUAAAUGAAGAAAAAAAAAAUAGAUAACCAGGCGAAGUAAUGUUGAAAAAAGUACAAAUUAUCUUUUAUUUAUUUACAGUGUAUAUAUCACAUUAUGGGCAUUCAAAUCUACUCUUAAUUUGGGGAAUCCAAAAUUGUUUUGUGAAGAAAAAAAUAAUAACUGUAAAACAGCAAUUAUAAGAAAAUAAAGCAAUUAUAAGUACCCCAAAA